UUGGUGCCCAACGGUCGCGUUUCGCGCUAAAUAUUUGAAUUCGAAUUUGAAUCUUUUCAAAAGUGUUAAUUUUCUUUGUCGCACAAAGAUUCUUAUGUGUACACAUCUUUAGGUGCUACUUUUUGUGAAGUGAAGUGCUCAAGUGCCCAAAAAAAAUAAAGAUGGAGACGCAGCUGCAGUUUAAAUUCCUAAUGGUGUUCUGUCUGCUCGGACUGCCCGGACUGGGGGAAACCUAUCGGAUACUGUUCAUGGGACCCUUUCCGGCGCCCAGUCAUUGGCUCUGGCUGGAGCACUUUCAGCGGGAUCUGCUGCGACAGGGACACCAUGUGACGAGUGUUAACAAUCAUCCCACCAAGCAGCCACACGAGAAUCUCACAGAGAUCAUUAUAAGUCCUUCGUUUGAUAUACCCAAGCAUUUUCCCAAGAAGAACAUCUUUAGCAUGCAGUUUGCCAGCGACUUUCAGAAUCUCCAACUCUGGUGGACCAUUGGACUGAUGACCACGGAGCAUGCCUUCAGGGAUGCCAAAGUUCAGCGUCUCAUUGAGAGCAAAGACGAUCACUAUGAUCUGGUCAUCCUGGAGCAGUUCUUCCACGAGGCCUUCCUCAUGUUUGGCAAGAAGUUCAACUGUCCCGUGGUCACAAUUGGCACCAUGGGCUAUGCGGACAACAUGGAUCAUGCCAUGGGCAUACUCACGCCAUGGUCUGUCAUACCACAUCUCCUGCUAUCCCACACGGAUCAGAUGACCUUCAGCCAGCGUGCAUACAAUGCUUAUAUAUCACUGUACGAUGCGGUGAUGAGGCGCUGGUUCUAUCUACCCAAAAUGCAGGAAAUGGCAGAGAAAUAUUUCAAGGGAGUGAUCAAUGGUUCUCUUCCCCAUGUGCACGAUCUCGAGCGUAACAUUUCUCUAAUGCUGAUUAACAGCCAUCGCAGCGUGGAUCUGCCCAGACCUAGCAUGCCGGGGCUUAUAGACGUGGGAGGAGCACACAUUCAGCCUGCAAAGAAGUUGCCCGAGGAUCUGCAAUCCUUCCUGGACAAUGCUACCCACGGUGUCGUGUACUUCAGUCUUGGCUCCUAUAUGAAGAGCACAGAUAUGCCGCCGGAGAAAACGGCACUGAUUCUCAAGGCCUUUGGGCAGCUGAAGCAGCAGGUCAUAUGGAAGUACGAGAACGAUUCAAUUGGACAACUACCGUCGAAUGUGAUGAUUCGGAAGUGGAUGCCACAGAACGAUAUUCUGGCCCAUCCGAAUGUGAAGCUCUUCAUCACACAUGGCGGGAUCUUUGGCACCCAGGAGGGCAUCUACUGGGGCGUGCCGAUGCUGUGUAUUCCGCUCUACGGGGAUCAGCACAGGAACACGAUCAAAUCAGUGCGGGAGGGUUAUGCACGAUCCCUGGUCUUCUCCAAACUGACAGUCGAUGACCUCGUGCGGAACGUGGAGACGCUCAUCUACGAGCCGCAGUACAAACGCAGUGCCCUGGAGGUCUCCCAGCGCUUCCGCGAUAAUCCCAUACAUCCGCUCGAAGAGGCCACCUUCUGGAUCGAGUACAUAAUGAGACAUCGGGGUGCACGCCAUCUGAAGUCGCAGGGCGCCUUUCUACCCCUCCAUCAGUAUCUGCUGCUCGACAUCAUCGGCUGCCUGUUGCUGGCUGCCUUCCUAGCCAUCUGGCUGCCCUGGCGUAUGCUCAAGAGAGCGCACAAAUGGUGGGCCACCAGCGGCGGAGUGACGGAAAAGUUGAACGAGGGAAAGAAGCGUUUGUAGAAGGAGAUUAUGGCCACCAAUGUUGCUAAAUAGUUUAUAAGUGUUUGUACAGUCACACGCGAGAAUACAUUGUGAUAUAUUUUAAGAUCACAAAUUUUGAUAUUAA